AUGCGAUGCUGGGCGGCAGCGCUCCUCUGCUGCUGCUACACACGAGCCGGCUCCCUCGUCGACGACCCGAUCGGCGCGGACGCCAUCACCUACCUCGACGGUGGCACGUGGUCCUGGUAUCGCGACGACGACGGCUUCACGAUAUCGGCGUCCGUGCCCGGCGACGUCGUCACGGACCUGGAGCGGGCCGGCGCGAUCGGCGACCCCCUGCGGGACGACAAUUUUGUGCGCGACGCGCCGGUCUGGAACCGCACGUGGACGCUGCGGACGGCCUUUGAGGCACGGAGCGACGCGGCACGCAUUUUGCUGGUGUUCGACGGUGUGAAGAUGGGCGCGACUGUCACACUGAACCACGUGCCGCUGGGGACGGUCCGCGACCAGUUCCUCCGCUACGUUUUUGAUGUGAGGAACGCGUCCACGGACCUAAUUAGGGAGACGAACAAGCUCGAGCUGAUCUUCGAUCCAUCGAUCGACGUCGGCGGCCGGUUCGCGGCGUGCUCGGGCGGCUGGGACUGGGCGCCCUACAUAAGUACCAAACAGGGCCGGGCCUUCACGCGGGGGCCCUGGAAGAGCAUAUACCUGGCAGAGAGUGGUUCUGGAGUUUUUGUCACGCACCUCGUGCCGCGAAUUACGUAUCGAGGCGCGUACCCGACGGAGCCACUCGCCGAUGGCGAUUUCGACGUCGCCGUCAAGAUUUAUAUUGAUGCGGACCGGCCGGCGUCGUUGCAAGUGACCGCGACCGGCAACUGGUCCACCGAUUCCAUGCAAGUGACUGUAGAUGUAGCGGCGGGAGAGAGCACGCUGGCCCUCGACCUACCGAGCGCCUCUAACGUCGCCCUCUGGCGGCCGAACGGACUUGGAGCUCGCGCGUUCUACGAGGUUUCGGUGGAUACGAACAGCAUCACGACGAAGCGCCGCGUCGCCUUCCGGACCGUCGCCCUCGUCACGGGCGACGACACGGACCCAGCAUACAUAUCAAAGUCAAAGAACGCCUCGGGCACGGCGUCCCACGGCCUCUUCCUCCGCGUGAACGGCGCCGCGCUCUGGGCGCGGGGCGCGAACGUCGUCCCGGUCGACAACCUCGAGGGGCGCGACACGGCCGAACGGCAGCAACGGCUGGUGGCGAGCGCGGCCGCGGCCGGUUUCAAUACGGUGCGCGUCUGGGGCGGCGGCGUUUUCUUACCAAGGGCCUUCUACGACGCGUGCGACGAGCGCGGUCUCCUCGUCUACCACGACUUGAUGUUCGCCCAGAGCGGCCACGCGCCCCGCGGCACAAUCACUGAACGGAACGAGAUCCGGCACCAGGUCCGCCGCCUCAGUUCUCACCCGAGUUUGUUUAUGUGGAGCGGCUGCAACGAGUGCACGGACUUGAGCAUUUACGUGGAUUUGCUUGGUGUGAUAGCGGCGGAGGAUCCCACAAAAGCGAUCUGGCCGGCGUCGCCGUCAAAUGGCUGGGUUUCCGGCGUCGCGCGGCUCUGGGCCACGCCGGACGGGACGGCACUGCAAGCGCGGGACUCCGGGGCGAUCGAGGCGCACGGGCCGUAUAUAAGAGGAGGCGGCUUUCCGGCCGUGAACGGCGUCACAAAUUACGAGCCCGUGGCGACAUCGGUAAUUUUCGACGAGGGCCCCGUCGGGCUAAGUCACGCGUCUUCAUUUAUUUCGGAGUUCGGCGCCGUGGCCUGGUCCUCUCCCGAAUCCCUCGCCUCCACUCUAUCGCCGCGGUACCGGUCGCUCUUCGGCAAUCAGCCGCCGGACGUCUGUGAGGGCGACGGCUUUCCGAACGUGUGUCGCGGCGGUAACGUGCUGGCGCGGCGGAACUACCCCUGCGCGAACUUUGUCGGGAGCUUCUUCGGUGGCUCGGCGGACUACCUGCGGCCCGGUAGCACACCACCCGCGUUGGUGGCGUACCUCAACACCACACAACACUUCGCUUCAUCGUUGUACCUGUGCGGCCUCGCCAGCGCGUUGCUGAUCAAGAACCUGGUGGAGGCCCACCGCUCGCGCAACGAGCUCGGCCACCUCGUCUGGCAAUUGAAUGAAGUCUGGCCGACGGGCGGCUGGGGCUCGCUCGAGUACGGCGGCCGCUGGAAGCCGCACCACUACUGGUAUGCGAAGAGUCUGUUCCGCGACGUGGUGGCGGCGUGCGACCGGACGGGACGGUGCUACGUGCGGAACGACCGGUCGCACCGCCCGUUCACCGGCGCGGUCAUUAUCGACUCUGUGGACCUCACGACGGGCCGCGAGACCAGGUUCCUGACGAGACGCGUCGCGUUGGCGCCGGGCCCCGCGGUGCUCGAGCGCUUCUCGGCGCCGCUGGGCGCCGUCGACGCGACGCGGACGCUUUGUCUCAUAAAAUGCGUCGACGAAGCGGGGGUCGUCGUUUCGUCUUCCGAGCUGAUCCUGGCACGGCCCGCGGACCUGCGCCUAUCGGCCGCGCAAGUAAAGUACGAAGCGCGCGGCCGCGAGGUCGCUUUGGAGACGAACGCAACGGCCUUGUUCGUGGUGCUCACGACGCGUUCCCUGGGCAGAUUCGCGGACAACGCGUUCGCCCUGCUCCCCGGGCGGCCGAGGGCGCUGGAGUUCCUGCCGUUCGGUGCGUUCGACUCUGGGCUCUUCGCUUCGUCGCUGCGUGUGGAGCAUUUGGCCGAGCGGGUGGGGUUGUUUUGA